AGUACAUUAUGUGUGUUUUUCCUUGAGUAUACCCUCGACUUUCCUUGCCGCAUUGAAUCCGUUCUCAUUACACACUUGAACUCGAUCACCCUCGGACGAUUCGUUCCUUAUCUUACUUAUCAAUUCCAUGUCAGAUUUAGAGUAGUCCUGUUUAGCUUGACUUAAGCUUCUUUGUGCGUAAUUUCAUCGUAAACGCGUAGUUCGUCUUUGCACUGAACCACGAUGAGUUCUCCGUACAACUCGGGUGUAGCAUUUUUGACCAUCAUUUGGCUUCUGAGGUUCGCAAGUUCCAUCAAUGUGAAACCGAAUAUUUUGGUGUUUCUCACGGACGAUUUGGACGUGGAACUUGGCGGGUUGGAGCCGUUACAAAAGACUCGGAGAUGGAUCAGCGACCAUGGAAUACACUUCAGCAAUUCUUUUGUGUCAACGCCCAUCUGUUGUCCCAGUCGAUCCAGCACUUUAACUGGUCUCUAUCAACACAACACCAAGGUUUUCAAUAAUUCGGUGGGAGGUAAUUGCAACUCUCAGAGAUGGCAAAAUGGACCUGAAACCCGGACUUAUGCCACAGAGCUCAAGAAAGCAGGUUAUGUGACUAUGUAUAGUGGGAAGUAUCUCAAUACUUAUGGCUCAAAAGCGUCCGGAGGCUUGGAACAUGUUCCACUUGGGUGGGACUUUUGGUCAGGCUUGGUGGGUAAUUCGAAAUAUUACAAUUACACUCUCUCCAUCAAUGGCAAGGCAGAACAUCAUGGCGACUCUUACGAAGAAGACUAUCUGACUGAUGUCAUAGGGAGGAAAGCUCAAUCCUUUUUGAGCCACUUCCAGUCCAUCAACUCUACGUCACCAUUCUUGAUGGUUUUAGCCCCGCCCGCUCCUCACGCUCCAUUUACCCCUGCACCGCAAUAUGCAAACCAUUUUCUCAACCAUACAGCACCCAGAACCCCGGCCUUUAACCACAAGUCCACGGGAAGCACUCAGAAGCAUUGGCUGAUCCAAACCCAACCACAAUUGAUGUCUCCGGAGGUGAUUGCCACGGUGGAUGAGGCUUUCCGUAACCGUUGGCGUACUCUGUUAUCCGUUGAUGAUCUCGUAGAUGGUGUGCUCAAGACCCUAGAACAAUUCGAUCGUCUCAAGGACACAUUUGUGGUCUUCACAUCGGAUCAUGGCUACCAUUUGGGCCAAUUUGGAUUACCAUUGGAUAAGCGGCAGCUGUACGACACGGAUUUGCGAGUUCCAUUACUGGUUCGGGGACCUGGGAUCCACACCAACACCACCAAGGGGAAUGUGGUCACCAAUAUUGAUCUGGCACCCACAUUGGUGGAAUUGGGCACGGGACAUGUCCCGGUUGAUAUGGAUGGGACCUCCUUUGUUCAACUGAUGAUGACUGAGAGCAAUUUCAUCACGCCACCGCAACCACAACAUUCAUUCUUGGUGGAGUAUCACGGAGAAGAUGGCGCUCAUGGCGUAGAUCAACAAUGUAAAGCCAUCACUGAUCAACAUAUGGUGGAAUGUGAAGCUCAAUUUGGGUGCAAGUGUCAAGAUGCUAGAAACAAUACCUUUAGUUGUGUCAGAACUUUUUCCCAAUCCGAGGACACCGUGUACUGUCAUUUUCAAGAUGAUGCCGGCUUUAUUGAGAUGUACAAUCUUAAACAAGACCCGUUUCAGUUACAUAAUAUUGCCUCAGGAAUGACGCCUGAAGUGAAAUCCAUUUAUGAGGAGAAGAUCCAGAUUUUAAAGGAAUGUCAUGGUCGAGAUGAGUGCUUCCAGGCGUAAAUAUGAAUAGGAUUUAGCUUUUUCAAGAAAUGCAAGUACAGGGCCAAAGAAAAAUUGUCUUUGGGAGUUCCUUUGAACUUUGAUUUUUAAAUAUCAAGUUCAGGUGCCUAUAUUAAAUAUCAUCCUUUGUUGAAACUUGUAAAGCAAAACCAUGACGUCUUGCAACAACGCUCAUUAUAAUAAGAUUCUUCACUCUGCCAUGAACUUGA